ACCAUAAAUUGAUAACACAUCUGAGCGUCUGUAUACAAAAACAACUUUUCAACUUUUGUUUUGGAACAGCUUGACGGAAAGAGAUGUCUUCACCGGCAGCCCAGACAAAGGAAGAAAAAUCCACUGAUUCCAAUGCGAAAACUGAAGAAAAUACUAAAACUCUUAACGAGGAAGAAGGUGCCUCUUGCAAUCCAACUUUGCCGGAUGCCGACGCCGAAGAUCCAGACAUCAAGCUUUUAAAGGGUGAUGCUAUUGGGGAUACCCUUUACAGUGAACGUUUUGUAUUGAACACACUGCUAAAACUAGCAGAGGUAAAGAAAGAUCUGCAAAAUGAAGUGGAAGUGGAACGCGAUCUUUGUUCCCUUUGGGAUAUGACAAUAGAAAAGGAUGUUGUGCUGUUUCUGUUGCAACAAGAUGUUUUGGAAAUAUUUGCUGGCAUAAUAAGGGCCACAGAAGAUAAACGCCUUUCGGAAAUUCUUGUUGGCAUACUGGCAAAUAUGUGUAAUGUUGGCGAGACUCGACAGCAAUUGGAACAACAAGAGGAAACGGUUCAGGUGCUGCUGGAUUUAAGCUCAUGCUUAGACUCCCUUACACUGGAACAGCUAAUGCGUCUUUUUGCCGUGGUAUUUGUCAAAAUGGAAGAGAGCAGCGUUAACAAAUGGUAUGACUAUCUCUUGAAGUCGGAUCAGUUUGUAAAAAACAUCUGCUUUAUAUUGGCAAGCGCAGCCAAUAAUACACUGGUCCUGCAGACAAUGGAAACAUUAAAUGCCAUUUUGGCAAAAUUUGCUGUACUGGAGGAAAAUAAGGAUGUCAAAGUGCCUACUUUUGAGAAAGUAUUUGUUGAUACCACCCUUGUGGGUGCCACCAUCGAAGGACUGCAAUCGUUACACAAAGAUUCUACCAAAAAUUUGGAUAAUUACGACACGGUGGCGGAGAGUGUUAUCAAGGGAAAUCAAACAUUUUGUAAUAUACAUAGUAUUCUAAGUCAAUACGAGGAGAUAAGCAAGGAGUCAUAUGCCCCAUUCAAUGAUGAAAUGCUUUUAUGCCUUAAGGAGAUUCUUAAGACUGUGGAGGAUGAACCGAAUUCAUGGCAACAAUACGAGACAAUUGUAUUGGAUAGCAUCAAUGAUAUACUGAGGGUGCUCAGUAGUCCAUUCGAUCUGGAGAUUGCACAAAAAUUACUAAAGUUACAUUACAACAUAUCCAUGAGUUUGGAGGAACGUCUCAAAAAGCCAACAAAAACAAAUGAUUUUGAAGAGUCUUCCGACGAUGAUAACGAUGCAAAUUUUGAAUUAUUGCUCAGUACAGUAUUGAGUACAAUAUUAUUUAUAAUACUCAAAACUGAUGAUCAAACAUUAAGACAGUGCUUUACCAUAUGCCCCCGAAAGUAUGCAAUGCAACUUUUCGAUACAUUUACACAACCAAUAGAAAAUGAAUCAUUAAAAGCGUGUUACAACAAAUUAAAAGAUAUUCUCAAAGUAUAAUGCAACAAUAGUGCCGUAGUGUAGAUUUUUAUACAUAUAUAUAUAUUCUAAAAUCAAGUUUUUUUUUGUAAGAAAGAAAUUAUAAUGUUUUGUAGUCAAAAUUAAAUGAAAUUUCAAAACGGGUGAUCUUUUAGAAAAAAAUUGUUAAAUAACUGACUGUGGAGUGUUUGGUAGCCAAAAUUAAAGCAGAUUUUAAAAUUAAUGAUUAAUUUGUAAAAUAAAACAAAUUUUGGAAUAAGUAAAA